AUGUCCCCUGAGACGCCAACUAGACCCUGGCAACGGGUUGCCGCCGACCUUUUCGAGCUCGCAGGAAAGACUAAUCUAGUGACCUCGGAUUAUUACAACGAUUUCUUUGAGCUCGCCCACUUGAAAUCUCCUUCGUCAGUAUGUGUCCUCAGAGAGUUAAAGGCUCAUUUUGCGCGCCAUGGCAUACCUGAGCAACUGGUGACUGAUAACGGUUCACAAUUUACAUCACGUGACUUCCUGAGGUUCGCGAAAGAAUGGGAUUUUGAACAUCUCACUAGCAGCCCAUAUCACAGUUACGGUAACGGUAAAGCAGAGAGUCCAGUGAAGGAAGCUAAGAAGAUUCUCAGAAAGUGCAGAUCGAGUGGAUGGGAUGCAUUUCCUGAGCCUUACUCGAUCACCGCAACACCCCACCUGCCAGUAUCCAAGUCAGUCCAGCACAGCGUCUUUUCAACAGGAGGACGAGAAGUCUUUUACCGAUGA